AUGGCAAUCAUGGAUUAGACGCCGCCAGUGUGGCUUGGUCACAGACAGAAUGGUAGUUGAAUUAGUUCGCAUUGGAGCUAACCCGAACCUUUGUUUUAACAUGCUCCGGAAACUCAAUUCUGACAUAAACUGUACCCCAUCUAGUCAAAACAGGUUAGAACGCCAAUUUCACUCAGCGUUUAUCAACGAAGCCGUCCUAUUUGUACAUCUUGCUGUUGUUGCUGACAUGUAACCGAAACGAAAAAUUGGCCGGCAGAAGAAUAUACGCUGUGCGGCUGAGGUGGGCUGGUUUUAUGAGCGAGCCUGGAUGACUGUGAUGGAGGACGCGGCCACUCGGCUGGAGAGGGAGCAUGUGCACAGCGUCUACGAGAAGAUUGCUCCCUAUUUUAACGACAGCCGCUACAAGGCCUGGCCCAAGGUGCGCCAGUUCCUACUGGAGCAUGAGCCUGGCAGUAUCAUCGCUGACGUGGGCUGUGGCAAUGGCAAGUACCUGCACGUCAACGGCAGUGUGUUCAAGCUGGGCUGUGAUGUGUGUUUCCCCCUUGUGGACUCAGCCCGGAGCCAGGGCCACGAGGUGCAGCUGUGUGACUGCCUCAGGCUGCCCUACAGGGACAGCUGCUUUGACGGUGUCCUUUCCAUCGCAGUCAUCCAUCAUCUGUCCACCAAAGAGCGUCGUAUUCGAGCAAUUAAAGAAAUGGCAAGGACCCUGCGUGUGGGCGGGCGCAUCAUGAUCUACGUGUGGGCCAUGGAGCAGACACGGCGGAAGUUUCAGAAGCAGGACAUCUUUGUGCCCUGGAACCCCAACCCCCCGUCCCCCAACCUGGGCGGGGAGCGGCCCACACCCCGGUGGAGGGGCGCAGCACAGAGUGUGAGCGAAUACCUCUACAGCGACAGCAAAGACGAGCACAGGAAGGUGAAAAGCACAUCGUUCAUGCUGGAUGAAGAGAUGGCCUGCAGUCCCCAACAGAGGCUGUGGUUCUUCUCUCGCUCCCUGGACUCAGUCUUUGACUUUGGCAGCCUGACCAUCUCCAGGGCCAACGACAACCACUCCCCCUCCACAGAGACAACCACUCCCCCUCCCUCUACCGCCUUGGUCCAGGAGUGUGGCUUGAUGGCCCUGCCUGACUUGGUCACCUCCUACCAGAUGGAGCACACAGAGGGACAAGGGCGGCCAGGGGAGAGGGAAGCAGGCCCACCAGGAGACCUCAAACAGGACAGCAGUCAGAGCCCCCAGGAUAGUGAAGGGGAGCCAGAGGCUGCCUCGUGUCUGCGCUAUUACCACGUGUUCCGGGAGGGCGAGCUGGCGGAGCUGAUCAAGAGCCACGUCGAAGAGCUCCACGUCCUUUACUCUUGCUUUGACCACGCCAACUGGUGCGUGGUGGCCGAGAAAGUCCAGGUUUGGAAGAUAUGACUUGGUUUUAAUAAGUUUGAUUUGUAUUUUUUAAAUAAUUUAUUCAUUUUGUGCCUCAAAUGUAAAAAAGAAACACUUUUUAAAGAGAUUUUGAAGGUACUGUUCACAUUCUUACGGUGUUUUAAGAGUUACUGUGUAUCGCAAAUUAAUAGCACCUAAAAGCAGUAUCCAGAGGGCCAGGAUACUGCGUCCCAAAUGGCACCCUAUUCCAAAGACUUCCAUGCUCCGUUCCAAUGCACCACCAAUAACAAUCAAUGGAAAAUGUCUGCCAAGGAUGUGCGUCAUUUCAGUUUUCCCCCUCCAAGCUUUUCUUCUUCUGUUUUUCGCCACAACCCUUGAGACCAUUAGUGGUGGAAUGGGUCUCUCAUAUAUGCAAAUUCUGCCUGUAUUUGUCUUCAAAUAUUCCGCAAUAUACAAGGGGAAUCAACCUUGCGGCAACGUUCUGUGAUGUUGGUAUCCCUUUCUAUGGGCCACCUGUGUAUAAUGGGUCAUGUUCUAAGGAGCCAUGUGUUGUUAUUAAGAAUGCUUAAGGCAAGUGCUAUCAUUUCAAUACUGUCUGUGUGAUGUGUUAAUAUUUUGUCCGGCUGAACUAAGAAUUUUUUGGUCAAAUGAACAGACACGUCCUAGAUGAUACUGUGAAACGUUGCAUUGUAGGUAUGUUGCUGCUUGCUGAAUGUCAGUGGUUCGCACAUGAAUAGUUCUCGGGACAACUUGAAACAUUUCUGUAGUCAGUGAACCAGGCAUAAGCCGUGCAACUGUUCUAGACCCACUUCUAUGUUACUGGUAUAGAGAUUGAUAUCACCUAGCAUACGUUAUUUUAGUAAAAAAAAAUGUAAGGUUUACUUUUUAAAAUGUUUAAGUAUCAUUUGUCCGUGUAUGUUUUUGUUUACCCCAUUUUUAAUAAAUUAUUUUUAUGAAUCUC